AGCCACCUCUGCAACAUGCCGACACCCGAGUCCGAGCUCUUCAAGAGCCAGAAGCCCACGGUGGCCCCCACAUUCAACGGCGUCGACUUUGACGAUACCAAGGCUUUCAAGGCUGCCGAGGAUGCCAUCAUUCGGGAACAAUGGGUUGGCGCCAUGAUGACUCGCAUUGUUGGCGAGGAAUUGGGCAAGUGCUAUGUCCGAGAGGGAGUCAACCACUUGGAGAACUGCGGCCAUUUGAGAGAAAAAUACCUGCAAUUGCUCUCGGCGAACAAGAUUAAGGGAACCAAGUUCAUCCAGCAGAACUACCUGGAGAAGAAGGACCAGGAGUUUGAUUUGGAGCGCAAGGUGCACACAAGCGACAAGAUUGCCAAGCUGAACCAGGGACGAUUCUCAUGAAUCCGAUGAAGCCAAGUGUUUGAACAUGUGUCAUAGUAUUUUUGAGUUAUUGGGCGGCCGAAUCAACCGGCUGAGGGCCUGUCUGGGAUGGGGUAGACAGCCAUGAUAUUGAGCGCAGAGGCCGAACGCUCUGCC